UUUUAAUAAACAUUUUAAUGGACUGAUAGACAAAUGGUCGAAAGUUCAUUUUUAUUUUAGUAAAGAAAAGACAGUGGAACUAAAACGUAUUAUAAAAUACAUAGAGUAAUCAAUUGUGUUAUUUUAUUCAUAUUUAGUUGUUUACUAAAGAAUCAUUGAAUAUUAACUUCUUUAUGAAUAAAUGAUGUAUUAACAAAGAUUUAUCAAUUAUUUAUCGAUUAAUCAAUAUGAAUAAAUGUCAAUACUUUAAUGUUGAACUAAUUCAAUGAUAGUGAAUCACCUUACCAACAUGGAUUUUUAAAUUGUUGAUGGUUUACUAUUUAACUGAACUGGAUUAAUUUAAUUUAUAAUUUACCCCUCAGUCUGGAAUUAUUUAUCAAAUUAAAAACAAAUCUAACAAUCAUUUAUAAUAAUGUUACCAAAGAAAAAACGUUGGAUGGCGUCUGUACAUACUUCCUCCACAAAUCUAAUUUCUUCUCCUUCUACAGUGAAUACCAUUUCAAAUAUUGGUUCAAAAAAGCUAUGCUGUGAUACACCUAUACAAACAGUUGGAUCACUUUCUAGAUCAUUACCAAAUUCAGUAGUUUCUACUCAACUUCCGGUUAGAACCUUAGCAACUGGAAAUUUAAUAUCAACUGGAGAUCCAUAUAGUUUAUCUAUGCUCCAACAACAAUCUCUCGUAGAUCGGUCAACAUCUAAUUUGACUACAGAGUAUUUACACAGUGACCAUAAAUCACAAGUAGUGACAUCUAGACAAUCUAGUCAUCCUGUUAAGUCUACUUUACCUGGACGCCGAAAUGAUGUGAAUCCAAAUUUGAUAACGACAAUUUCUCACUAUCCUACGGAGUUAUUGCAACAACAGCAACAACAACCUGGAUUACUACUUCAGGUAUUACCACAGGAAUAUCUAGCAAAUUAUGCUCAGAAUUUGGCUAAGCUUAAUGUCAAUAAAAAUUCUGGAGAUUUAAUGCAUCUUCCUUCUAAUAACUGUUCUACUGGAUCUAAAAUAAACAAGAUGGAUACAUUAUCUUCUGUACAUAAUACUGGAUAUUCUCAAGGUUCAUUACAUCAACCUGAUACUCAGGGACGUCAGACCCAUAUAUCUACUCAUAAUAAUUCACCGAAUCUACCACUCAGGAUAAAAAGUCCAGAUAAUUCGAAGAUUCAGCGGACAUCUCAAUCACUUAGGUCUAGUCCUAUGCUUAAUUCACCUGUGUUCCAAUAUCCAGCACCUAACAACUCACAGAGAUUUUCUCCUCCUCCACAUCUACCUCCUAGACGUUUAAGUGGUUCUGGCGAACAAACAAGACAUAAUAAACCUUUGACACAAAGUCAUCAAUUGCCGAGUGGAUUUGAUUUACCAACAAUAUCUGCUGUAGCUAGGGCAGCAAGUAUGUUAUCCCCUUCUCAACUUGAAGCUGCAGCUGUAUUACUUUCCCAAUGGGAUAAUGUGAAUCAAUUAGCAUUAUUAGCUAAUAAUUCCUCAUAUAGAAAUCUAAGCAACAUUGUUGAUUCUUCCGGGAAUAAACAACCAGUCAACUCAAGUCAUAAUUUUUCUCCACCGGUUUCUUCUGAACCAAAUCCUGUUACUAGUGGUGGUUACAUUGAAAAUCAUGUCCACGUCAUGAACAGAAGCGGGAUUGGAACCGAUUGCAAAUCACGAAGAGUUAAUGAUUUAUCAAUGACCAAUACUAGAACAAUCUCAUCCGUCUCAACAGGAACAAUGUCUGACUUAAGAUAUCCUAGUAUGAAAAAUAGUCUUUCUUUACCAAGAUCAAUGGAUCAGUUGACAAAUCGUUUAAAUUCACGUUCUUCAACUCCUGGAAACGAACCAAUGAACAAAUACGAUCAUAUGUGUUGUCCACCCUGGUCAACAACUGAUCAAAGAGCUUACUCAACAGAUUCUUCCCAUUCUUAUAAAUUACAACCUAGUCCACAUGAUCAUACAGUUGAGUUAUCCGAUUCAAGACUGGCUAUACUACACGAUGCGAAAUUGGCAUCUUUGAGUGUAGAUUGGCCUUCCUGUACAAUGCCUCAAAACAUACCUAUGAGUAAAGCAAAUCGAAUUAGAUCUUCAGGUUCUUUGUCGUCACCAGUAUGUCUGGUGCCGACUUCUUUUUCCAAUACUACUUCAGAAUCUUCAUUUUCUACAAACCAAUUACAUACCAAAGCAGCAACAACCAGUUCACCCCCGUCGUUAUCAUCUGCUUCAUUUGUUACUUCUGAAUCUCUUGUUAGAAGUCCGACUUCCGAUCAUUGUAGUCCUACCAUUCCUGUGAAUUUCAAUCCGAAAGGACCCACCCUACAGACUGAAUCACCCAUUUCAUCUUGUUGUCAGACAAUCAAAUCUUUAUCUCCAAAUACCGGAAUAACUAGAGUUCUGAACUCUAGCCAGUCACAAUUCUCAGCGAUUUCUGGAGGAAAAUCUCCAACUGGUUAUUCUUUAUGUGGACAAUUUUUACCUACGAAUACAAAUUCAAUUAGUAAUAAUGAUACCAUUGAAUUGUCUAACAACAUAGAAAGUAAUCGAAUUAGUAACUAUCCAGGCAAGCUAUCUACGCUAUCUGAACAAUAUAAACGACAUCCCAUAGUAGGUACACUAAAUGUAAUGCCAACUUUGUUGCCACAACCUAAACAAGAGUGUAUACGAACAAAGUUUACUGUUGAUACUAAAAUAUCAGAUCAUCGAUCGCAAAACACUUCAAUGCCAUUGAAAAAACGACUUAUUCAACGUUAUGAAGCUGAUCGUGUAGAUAUGAAACCAUCAGAGUUAUCAACGUGUAACCUUGUUAAGACUGAACCACCUAUGGAUAAUUCUCACAAUAGAUCAACUAAUGCAGAUGAUUUAAAAAACAAACAGUAUUCACCUGAAAGCCGGAUCGCAAUGAAAGAUAAUGUUAUAGAAAAAUUAGAUUGUCAAGAGAGAAAAUUUAAACGAAAAAAACGUACUAAAUAUGAAACAGAUGAAAUGUCAAGCUUAAACACAAAUAAAAAUAAACCAACUAAAAUCCGUACAAAAUCUUCAUUAAGUUCUAUAAGAAAAUCUAAUUCAAAAAGUACACAUCGAUUAAAUCAAUCAUUGAAUGAUGAUGUUGAAUCGAAAUUGAGUAUGAAUAAACAAGUGUCAGCGAUGAAAUUAGAAUUCGAUGAUGUCACUAAUGACGAUGAAGAUGAGGAUGUCAUUGUUAAUGAUAAUAAUGAGGAAGUGGUAAAAGAAGAGCAAGAGGAGAACAAUGAUGAUGAUAAUAAUGUUGAUGAUGAAAAAAUUAGAUCGACAAUUAGAAGACGACGUUCAAGAAAGCAUAGCUCAAGUGCGAACAGUACAUCAAGUUUAUCACAUACAUCAUUAUGUAAUGAUUUAAUGAGAGGUAGUAUAAAAAAACGUAUAGCUGCUGUUAAUGGUAAUCUUAUGAUGAUGGUUACGGCACACGCUCAAAGAAGCACUAGUUCAGGUAGUAAUAACAGUAAUAGUAGUAGUUCUUCUAGUUUACAAAGUGUUGGUGAUGAAGUCAGUGAUGAUGAUAAUGAUGUAUGUUUAAAUUCUUCAUCAAAUUCAUCUGUUAAUACUACACGUUCAAAAUGUUCCACUGAUCGUCAAUUAUCUUAUUCAAGACUACAAUCAUAUAAAUCUACUUUAAAAUAUUUAACUAUGAAUUCUAAUACCAUCACUAAUAAUAAUAAUAGUAUUGGUAAUAAUAAUGAUAAUAUUAAUAAUCAAUCAUUAAAUUCAAAUGAUGGGUCACCUGGUAUUACACAUUCAUCCAUAGAUAGUGCACAGACUGUCUAUGGUGUUGGUAGUGGUGGUAAUUUAAGAAAACCGAAAAGAACAGCUACUUUAACGGUAGCAUCUGGUACUACAAUUGGAUCGACAAUUAUAACGGCAAAAAAGCCUCGUCUGUCAUCUGUAUCAUCAUUAACAACCACGAAGCCAACGACAAUGAUGAUGGAAGGAAAAACAGUAAAAACAACAUCGAAACAACAUCGACGUGGUGAUAAUGGUAAAUCAAGAACUACCAUUCAUAGAGAGGAUGGUGAUGAUUUAACAGUAUGUAUGAAAUUGAAAACGGAUUUAUUAAAUCAAGAUGAUUAUACACUGAUGUGUGAAAAUUCUAUGGCAGAUGAAUUAUCAGCUGCUUUAGCUGAAGAAAAUUUUCAAUUUGAAAAACUGGUUGAACAACUUCCUGGACCACCUGAUUUAAAUCGAACAGCCAAUAAAUCACUACACUCUACACAUUCAUUAAAUUUUUAUAAACGAAGUCAACGUGUUUUUGUUCAACUUAUAAAUUGUAAUGAUCCAGGAUUGAAACAAGUUCCAAAAUGUCGUGCUUGUCGUCAAACUAAAUUUUCCUAUCAUAAUUCACCUUCAAUUCAUACAAACGGACAAAUGGAUUCAGAUAAUUCAGAUGAUGAUGAUGGUGAUGAUGAUGAUGACGAUGUUGAUGAAGAGAAUCCAAAACUUAUAAUCAGUGAUAUCCCUAGUCCAACCAAUAGUCAAAAUUUUUCGAACGGAUUAAAUAAGGAUAUUCAGUUUAAAAAACCCCCUGGUCGAAGAACUACUUCGGGUAAAAAUACCCGUAAAGAAAAUAUCAAUAAUAAAUCGAAGAAUAAACGAAAUUCUACACAUCCAUCAAUGUCAGUAUUCUGUCGUUUUUGGGGAUUUAGAAAAUUAUGCUAUAAUAAUCGAGGUGUGUUGAAAAUAGCUGAUUUUUGUCGAUCCACAGAAUCCGAUGCUUUAGAACGUUCAUUAUGGGAAAUGUAUCAUCCAGUUUCACCAUUUUUAAGCACAGGUGCUGCUAAAUAUCUUUUGGAAUGUGCUGGUGGCUUAUUCUGUCGUCUUCUCCAUCAAGAAUUAACAAGUUUGAAUAAUAAUCAUGCUUAUCAAAGUCAAAAUGAAAAGAUCAACUCAUUAACUGGUAAAAAUAGAAUUAGUGGUCAUACGAUGGAAUCGAAUAACAAAAAUGAUGGCAUUAUUAAUUCAGUUGCAUGGAAAAGACCAGUAAAAGGUGUACGUGAAAUGUGUGAUGUCUGUGAAACAACAAUGUUCAAUACACACUGGGUUUGUGGUAAAUGUGGUUAUUCAGUUUGUACAGAUUGUUUGAAUGAAUCGAAAUCGUCCAACUCUGUAGGUGGCAGCAAUUUGGAUACACGUGAUCAUGUGAAAUUCAAUGAAAACGGUGCAGUGGAAAAAAAAGGCAAACUAAAAUACAUAAGAGGUCGUGGUUGCCCAUAUGGUUGGGCAUCGUGUACUACAACACGUCAACAUCAUGAUCCGAAUAAGCUGCUAUUAACUUCUCUGUUACCGUCUGGUAUUAUUGGUCGAUUGAUUCAUCGAUUGCAUCGCAUAGCAAACUAUUAUAAAAUUAAUUUAGGCUGUAAUUGCUCUCCUUCUUCUUCAACAGUGGGUAAUGACUCAACGGAUUUAUCAAAUGAUACAUUAUUAUUCAUGAAACCAAUGAAAUCAUUGAAUAAUCGUGAAUGUUUAGAUCGAAAUUCUCUUGAUUUACUAGCUGAUAUUGCUUUGAAAGCUGAUAUGGGGAACACUGGAUCACUUACUACUGGUAAUAGUAAUGACAGUAGUAACAGUAUUAUAGAUAAUGUUGUUGUGGAAACGGAAUUUAAUGCUUCCCAUAAUAACCCUUCUUUUAUAACAACAGAUAAUGGGGUCCGUUUAUCAGACAAUGACAAUAAUAAUGAACGUAAGAUGAUAAUGAUGGAUUUUCCAUCUCAUAGUUGGAUUCAUUGCACACGAAGGCAUAUUAAUCAAAGAUCCUGUUAUCAGAAAAUAAAUGAUGCAGCUAACAUUGCUAAACAUAAAACUAAGCAUAAUGAUAAUCAUGGAUUUGAUUUUCACAGGGAAUCAAAUUUGAAAAUUUACAAACCUUCAGAAAUAAUCAAUCGUCAUCAUCAACAUCACAAUCCUGUUUUCUUACGUUUACAUUGUCCUGAUUCCGUUGGAAAUUUAUUAGCAUUUCAAUCUGAAUGGAGACGCAAUCAUCCGCUUGUUAUAUCUGGAUGUCAACGUAAGUUUACCCGAGAAUUAUGGACUCCACAAAGUUUUUCAAAUGAUUUCGGUGAUAUGAAAACUACGUUAAUUGAUUGUGCCACGGGUGCUGAAAUAUCACGUUAUACGUUAAAAUCAUUUUGGGAUGGUUUCGAAAAACGUGAACGUCGAAUCACUAGUAAAGAUGGUCGUCCACUUUGUUUAAAACUGAAAGAUUGGCCAACUACAGAUGAUUUUGCUGAAUUGCAACCAAAACGUUUCAAUGAUCUCAUGUUAAAUCUGCCAAUGCCAAAUUAUACACAACGUGAUGGACAGUUGAAUUUAGCCGCUAGAUUAUCAUCAUUUUUCGUAUGUCCUGAUCUAGGUCCAAAAUUAUAUGUGGCUUAUGGAACAGUCGGUUCAUGCUCUAUUAGUACAACAAAUUUGCAUGUAGAUAUAGCUGAUGCUGUAAAUGUUAUGUUGUAUGUGGGACAACCGACAGAUUCAUUGAACGAAAUGUUAACUAAUGCUGAAUCAAUUGUGAACACAUUAACAAGUGCACAUAUUGAUGAUAAUUAUCUGGAAAGAGUUUUAAAUUGGUUGAAUAAAAUUAAAUCACAUCAAACUGAUGUACAUACUAAUGAGAAUAAUAAUAAUAAUAACACUAACAAUACUACUUUUAGUUCUACUACUCAUGAGACUGACUCCGAAGAUAUCCCAGGAGCAUUAUGGCAUAUAUUUCUACCGGAAGAUUCAAAUGGUUUAAGAGAAUUUUUAUCAAGAGUAAGUGAAAAUGAAACUGGUACACCAGUGGAACCAGGCAGUGAUCCAAUACACGAUCAAUUAUUUUACAUGGACCAAUCAUUAUUAGAUCGUUUAUAUGAUUGUACGGGUAUUCAACCAUGUACUAUUGUACAAUUUCAUGGUGAUGCUGUAUUCAUUCCAGCUGGUGCUGCUCAUCAGGUACGAAAUUUAAAUAGUUGUAUCAAAGCGGCUGUAGACUUUGUCUCACCAGAACAUUUACCUCAAUGUUUUCAAUUAAUGGAAGAAUUUCGUCAGCUAUCACCGACACAUCAAAAUCACGAAGAUAAAUUACAAAUUAAAAAUAUGUUAUUCCAUGGAAUAAAAGAUGCUUUGUCUGUCCUGUUGACAAGUAAUAAUAAUAAUAACAAUGAUAAUAAUAGCACCAACAAAGAAAGUUUAGUCAACCUUCAAUCAGAAUUGAAUUCAGAGCUGAGAUCUCAUACACGCGAUAGACCAUUUUCAACAACAUCAUCUACAUCAGAGACUAUAAUUAAUAAUGACCAUAGAAUCAUAUCAAAUAAUUCACUUAUAAAAUCAGAUUCAAGAUCAGAGUCUUCAAUUCAUUAUAAUUUACAAAAUUAUCAUGUCACGAAUUCUGUAAAGUCAAUGAAUACAAACAGAGGUAGUCGAACUAGAGGUAGACCUGGGAGACCAAAAGCAUUUGAUUUAACUAAUCAUGAAAACAUUAAACUAUCAUCCUCUAGUUCCCCACCACCAUCGUCUUCGAUCCCACCGUCAAAUCCGAUGUCGAAUUCGAAUAUAUUUCCGGUUGUACCUGUCCUCAGCGUAAAUGCUGUUGUUCCCGGUAGUGGUGAUUGCAUCAGUGAUAAUGAUUCAACAAAUAAUCCUGGUAAAUUUUCAAGUUCGUUUAAAAGUUCUUCUAGAGAUUCACUUUCUACGAUAUCUUCAUCAUCAUCGUCAUCAUCUUUAUUGUACUCUUCAGAUAUAAUUAAAGAUAUUAAAUCGAAUAUUACUACUACUAUUGCUACUAGUAGUACUAGUACUUGUAAUACUACUACUACUGUUGAUUGUGAUAAAAUUCCCACGACUAUGAUUGCUAAUAUUACUUCCUCUUCAUCAUUGUUGUCUACUUCUGCUUCUGGUCUGUCUGUGAAUUCAGAUGCCCCACAACUUAUCGCCUCUGUCUCUUUUCCCUGAUCAUCUUCUUUUUCAUUGUCGUCAACAUCAGCCUCGAUAUCUUUUUCGUCCUCUUCUUCCUCCUCCACCCCUUCAUUUGUAUCUUCUGCAUUGUCAUCAUUAUCUUCAACGUGUACUGCACAAAAACAACAACAUGUUUCUACUAACCGUCCACUUAAUUUAACCAAUAAUGACUAUUUGUCAUAAUUAUCCUAUACAUACGUUGUCCUGUACUCUAUAGUCUGUCCUCCACAUAAUUACACAUACAUACACAUAAACGUAUACAAUUCAUGAUAUACUGGAAGUGUUUUAGUCAACGUAGAAAGGUCGAAGUGUAUACUUGUUGAUUUUUGUUUGGUAAACACACUACCUGUACAAGUGAAGAAAAGCAAGUUUUCUGUAUUUCAAUUAUUAUAGAUAUAACUGAGUCUAUCGACUUUUCUCUUUGUUCAAUUAGGCGCCAAUGUAUGAAUUGUAAUUUCUUGUAUAGUUCUCACUUUUAUUAUUUAUUUUUCUUGUUUUAAUAAUGCUGAUAAUAAUAAAUAGAAUAUUAUUAAAACUGACGAAUAUGUUAUACUGCCCGUCUUACUUUCUCCUCUUCUUCGUCUCCUUUUUUUCUAUUACUACAUAUUCCUCCUAUUCUUGUGUGUUCUCCCUUUUUUUUUCUGAAAAAAUCCAUUUCCCAAGUUCUUUCAUUUUCCUUAUGAUUCUAUUACUCUUUCUCUCUCCAGUUCCUGUUCUGAUUACAGCACAAAAAAUGUGCUACUAAUAAUAUCACUACUACUAACUAAUACUGCUAUUACUACUAUCAGCAUUACUAUUAUUAUUGGUGCUUGGUAGUAGCAGUAAUAGUAGUGGUCACAAUUAUCAUUACCACUACUAUGUCUAGUAGUAGUACCAAUUAAUAUAUAUUUUCAACUAGCAUACAUAUUUUUUGGUAUUUGUAGUAAAUUCGGCACAUUUUUGUACACCCCGGUCACUUUUAUUUGUAUCUGUAUGCUCCGUAUAAGUGUGUAAAAAAGGUGUUUCUUUUACUGUUCUACUCCUAUACUAGGGACACGCACACACAAAUAUGUAUGUAUACAUAUAUACAUAUGACACUAAAAAAUCCAUCCAAGUACAUGAGCAUGUCUAAUUUAUUGUUUGUUUGUUUAUGGAUAUUCUUUCUUGUCUGUAUUUUUCUUCACCCUCUCUUGAUUUACAGGCCUUUUCGUCACAGAUUCCAGGAGUAUGAUACUAAUAAUAAUAAUACUAUUUAUGAUUACUAUCGUUAUUAUUAUUGUUUAUUGUUAUAAUGAUUAUUACAUAAUCAAGAUAGGGUUGAUUUAUUCUGUAGGUAAUUCUCUAUGUCUACCACACGAAAAGAAUAAUUGUUUGGUUGAACUGUAUGCUACUAAGAUAUUUGGAAGUAGAAGAUUAAUAGUGUUGAACUUGUGAUAUAACCAAGUCUUCUUUAAAUUUAUAAUUAUCUGCCAAGAUACUGGAUAUAUGAAAUCGCUUUGUGUAUAUAUGUAUGUGUGAAUCCAUAUGAGAAUGCUUACCUGGCCAAUCUGAAUUAUGGGGAAUGAGGUGUCAAUUUUGGCCUACUACUUGAAUGUUAAGUGCUUCAAAUAUUAAGCUACUAGUCUAAAACUGAUAUAGUUGACAAAAAUUGACGUAUCGGAAAGGAGGUUGAUUUCAUGUGUUAUUGAUGUGCUUCUUAUUUGACUAGAAUUUAGUAUUUAAUUAACUUUAUCCAUUAUUAUUAAAGAUUAUCAUCAUGAAAUCAUAUUUAUUAUUAUCAUAGAACUGUACAGAAGGUGAUAAUGGGAUAGAUUUAUGUUUUUUCAUUGUAUAAAGAUAAUAGUGAUAUAAAUUAAAUACUAAACUGUUAGAGAUUAGCAUGGAAAUUUGAACUUUGCUCUGAUUAUUUUUCAUUUCAACAAUCAAUUAGCCAUCACUCAAACAGUAUAGUUCAAAGUCGAAUGGAUGACUUUGUACUUUGUUAUUGUGUUUUAAACAAUUAUGUUGUAGAUUAGAAAGACUUUCAAAUUAGUUGAAAUCAUUUUGUAAUAAGUUUUAAUGUAAUAAAACUGUAAAGAAAAGGUUGGUGAAACAAUGACUAACUAUUGUUAGCUUUCCAUGUGAUGCAUAGCAUAGUUGUAGUAACUGUGAUGAUCGUUGUAGUAAUUGGG